UUAAGAACUGACAGGUGGUGACCUUUUACAUUUAGAUUUAAGUUUUCGUAUACUUCUUAUAUAUGAAUUGUUUAAAAUAGUAAUGAAAGUGUAAAAUAUUUUCUCACGUUAUGGUUAAAAAUGACAUCAAAGUUUAUGCUCGUCUAAAACCUGAGUGGUCGCAAAAAAACAUCACCAAUCAUGAAGUUUAUCACCGUCCAAAAGGACGCGCGGACGAAGAUUUUUUGAUUUUAACAGCCCCUCCGAGAAUUUGCAAUGAGUAUAUUGAUAAUCGACCUGAAUCUUGGAAUUUUUCAUUUUUCAAAAUUUUUGAAGAAACCGCGGAACAAGAAAUUAUUUUCAAUGAAGUUGCCAAACCGGUAAUUCACAGUGUUCUGAAUGGUUAUAAUGGGACAAUUUUUGCAUACGGUCAGACCGGAAGUGGAAAAACUUACACAAUAACUGGCGAACAAAACAGUUAUGACUUGAGAGGAAUAUUACCCAGGACUUUGCAAUAUUUAUUUACUCUAGUUAAGAAGCAAACAGAAAAUCUUUAUUCCAUUGAAAUAUCUUAUCUGGAAAUUUACAAUGAAAAUGGUUACGAUUUACUUAAUAGAAAACAAGAAUGGAGUUUAGCAACAAAAAUUGAAGAUUUGCCAAGAGUUACCAUUCAGGAAGACGAGACUGGUACAUUGCACUUAAAGAACUUGAGCUUCUGGCCAGUUACAAAUGAAAAGGAUGCCCUUGAUUUACUCUUUAUUGGCGAUACCAACCGAGUUGUUUCGGAGACUCCGAUGAAUCCAAUGUCAUCCAGAUCUCAUUGUAUAUUUACAAUUAUUGUUUCAAUGAAGAAAUUUGGUUCAAAUCACUACAGUAGAGCCAAAAUGCAUCUAGUUGAUCUCGCUGGAUCUGAGCGUGUGUACAAAUGCGCUAUUACGGGAACUAUUUUAACUGAGGCGAAACACAUUAAUUUAAGUCUGCAUUACCUGGAGCAAGUCAUAGUGUGCUUGGGUCAACAGAAUGCGAAUCACAUUCCCUACAGAAAUUCUUUACUCACUGCCAUUCUUAGGGACAGUCUCGGUGGAAAUUGUCUGACAACCAUGUUGGCUACACUCAGUCUUUCAAUACAAAACUUAGAGGAAACAAUAUCAACUUGUAGAUUUGCCCAAAGAGUUGCUCUUGUUAAAAAUGAUGUAAAUUUGUGUAUACAACAUGAUAUUCAUAGUGAAAAUACUCUUUUGAAAAUGGAAAAUGAACAAUUGAAGAAACAAAUUGAGAUACUUAAAAAUCAAUUAGUCAAUCAAUCUCCUAGAGAAUUGAAUGAGGAUGAAAAAGAAUAUUUAGAUAAAUCCGUAGAAGAAUUUCUCGAAUUGGAUGAACAUUUUAAGUAUACCAAUGAUCCCCGAAAACUGCAUUAUUGUCUUGAAAUUUUAAAAGGGAAAUUCAAAUUACAUGAUUUUGAAAAUGGAACUAAAACGAUUUGUCCAAAGAGUUCAGAAUAUUAUAAAAAUUUAAUUCUUCAAAGAGACAAGGAAAUUUCAUUAUUAAUUAAUAUGCUGAAAAAGGAAAAGAAAAAGUUUUCAAAACAAAAAUUGCCGAAAGAAAAUUUUCAAGAAAAGAAAAGUGAAAAUUUGAAGGAAAAUAGCAAUGAAUUAUUAAAUGGAACACUAGCAAGCGAAUCAAUUAUGGAACAUACUAAGGAAACACCAAAAGAAACAAGAACUUCAAUUCAAAAUCAAAGUAAUCCAGAUCCAAAUCAAAUAAAUGAGGAAAUGAAUCCAAAUUUGGAAAAUAAUCUAAUAUCAUUAACUCCACAAGAUAUAUGUCAAUUAAAAAAUUUAAUUUCCAUGUAUAAUGGACACAUUUUAAGUUAUCAUCAGUCAUUGGUUAGUGAAAAAAAACAUUCAGAUAAAGUGUCCAAUGAAUAUAAUUUUGCCACUACAACAAAAUUGAAUAGCAAUAAACAAGAAAAUCUAUUUCAAAGUAUAGAUACCACUGGAAAAACUCUUUUGGAAAACAAAAUGAAUUCUUCUGAAAAUUUUAAAAAAUUUAAUAAAAAUUUAUUGCUAACUAAUAAAUCAAAUGAGUCUAGAGAGAAAAUAAAAUCUCUAAGAAAUGAACAUAUUUUAUCAGUGCCUAUUAUUGAAAAUUUAAAUAAUUCAGAAAAAUUUUUAUCAACUAAAAAAUCUCAUUGUUCCGAAGUGACAACAUUAAAUUUAUUUCAAAUUGUCAAAGAAGAUCUUCCAUGUGAUGUGACAAAUUCUAAAAAAUCAAAAAAAUAUCAUCGUUCAAAACAUUCUUCUAGAAAUAAGAAAAAAGAAAAAUUGAAAAAUUCAAAUAAUUUUAAUUUAUUAUCAGAAUUUUCAUCAAAAGAAUCAAUAAUUUCUGUUGAAAGAAAAAAUUCUGAUGUAAAAAUGAUAGUCAAUGCUAAUGACUCUGUAAUAAGAGAAAAUUUUCAAAGUGCAAAAAAUAAUAAUAAUGAGAAUAUAAUUCAAGGAGGUGGUGAUGCUGAAACAAUUGUGAGUAGAUCAAAAGAUUUCGUCAGCAUUCUUAAAAAUGAAGAAUUAUUGCUGAAAAAUCAUAUUGACGAUGCGAAAGAUCAAAUAAAUCUUGGAUUUUCUGUCAAACUUGAAAGUUCACGUUCUACUCCAAGUGUGAAAAGCGAAGCACAUUCUGUGAAUGUUACCCGAUUAUCGGAACUUUCAAGAAACUCAAUUUGCAUAAACAACAACCCAAGUCAUUCGUUCAAUAACUCAAAUGUCGAAUUUCUAAAUUCUUCUCAAAGGGAAAUUUCAUCAUCAUCAUCAUCAUCAUCAUCUUCUUUUUUAUCUUCGCCUUCUUCUUCUUCUAUUGCUACUCAUAAAAAUUCUGCUAAUUUAAUGGACAGUUUCCAGUCAAAUAUUGACACGAGAAUAACUUGUAAAUCAUUUGAUUUGUCAAGGCAAAAACAACCGUGUUUAAUUUCAAAUGACAGUGAAAAUUCAAUAAAUAUUGAACAAUCGGCAAAAGAAUUGGAAGAGAGAUUAUUGUCGAAAGAUGAUGAUAAUUUGGAAGAAGAAUUAAUUAGAAUGACAGAAAAUCUUUCUUUGAAUAGCGAGAGAAAUUCUCUUCGAAAUGAGGAAGGCAAAGAAAUUUUUAAUUUUGAUAAAUCUCUACCGCUUACUGGGGAUCCUGAUAUUGAUGAAGAAAUUAUUGCAUUUUAUAAAGCUAAACGUGCCGGUGGUACUUAUUAGAAAUAUGAAUAAAAAAUUAUGUUAAGUA